AUGUCGUCGUCUGCUAUUUCGGAUCAGAUGGAUGUGGAGUCGUCUUCAGCAUUCUCUCCAGCUGAGCCAGUUGUUGAUGGAGCAUUUGUUUCAAAACAUAACUUGAGUGCUGAAGCAUAUCAGGGAUUCAAAGAAUGCGCCGACUCACUGCUCUCCGGAAAAGUUGCUCAGCCAGAGCAGCUAGCAUUCAUUCAGAGAACACUUCAAAUUUGUGAGAACGUGAUUCUGAAUUUUGAAGACGAGAAACAACAUUUGAUGAGUGAUGUUCUUUUGGUGUGGGCGAUGAAACAACAAAAACUAAGUAUUGCAACCCUUCACACCCAACAGUUGCACUAUAAAGAACUGGAUCUGAUCAAUUUGCAAUUCGAGUAUUUCGGAGAACUCCUCCAACAAACUUUAUCUGGAUUGGAUUAUUUGAAACAAUAUUAUCCGAAUGUUGGAUUUGAAGAGGUCCAUUCGAAAGUCAGAAAUCUCACACAUUAUUUUCUGUACUAUUCUAUUAUUGUCAGUCGCCAGCCACCGUCGGUAAUUGUUAAAUGUGGAGAAGCAGAGAAUCAUAGAAGAUCUAGAUUCUGGUUUAACACUGAAAUCAGAAUCCUUGGUGGAAGUGCAUUCGGAAUCGAUACCAACAACGAAAAUUCAAAUAAAGUUGCAAAAAAAGUUCAACUUCGGCGAGACUCUGUUGCAACGAAGCGAUAUUGUCUUUGCUACAAUAUUCAGUUGCAAACCAAUUGUGGAAUCGAGCUGGUUGGAAAGAAAGUAUCACUACCAUUUGCGGUGUUGGUUGGGCCGAAAGCUGAUGUUGAGGCAAAGUUGUUCUUGGAGAGGUCAUUUGCAGAUUUGGUUCGUCAUCCUCUAUCCGAUAUCCCUACCCACGUUUCGUGUGCUGAAAUGGCUGAUGCUCUAGAGAUGAAAUUUCAAGCAAUCGUCGAAACGCCACAAAAGAAUACAGAUGGACCAUCUGUGGUUCAACCAAGAAAGUUCAAUAUGCAAACUAAACAGCAUUUGGUGAUGAGAAUGAAACCUAAUCAGCAAGGAUUUCUGGCACUGGACAAUUUUAUGAAGCUUGCGGUCGCCGAGGAGUUUCAGCAAAAAAAGAGCGCCGCGUCGGAUGGAGAUUGGAAAUUAGUGCCAUUCUAUGACUGGUUUUUCAAGCUGGCAGAAAUUACGAACAAGUAUCUGUACAGCAUGUGGUAUGAUGGAUUGAUUUAUGGAUUCUGUAGUAAGGAAGAUGCGGAAAACAUUUUGAGAUGUAUCCCAAGAAGUGUCCUAUUGGUUCGAUUCUCGGAUAUCGAGUACGGAAAAGUUAAGAUAUCUGUGAAAAGUCGAAAUGGAGGUUGGAAAUCUUAUAUGGUCUUGUAUGGAACUUUAUCUUCUUUAUCUCAGAAAUCCGUCACCACUGGAACAAGCCACGUGUCCGACUUCCGCGCAAUCUGGCUCCAGACGAAAUCUACUUUGAUAAUCAAGGAGCGGCUACCUAAGACGUUAAUUCAUAUGAUUUAUCAGUUAGAUAUCACCAGUACAAACUGUUCUAAAAUAAAAUGUUGUUGUACAGUUAGUUCUGGUUCAUUUGAUGACAUGAGUCAUGAAUUGAACAAGACAUUUGACGAAGGAAGAUGCCCCACGAGGAAAACAACGUCAUCAGGGAGAGUUAAUUGGAGAAUUAAAAAAAAGUUGAAGAAUCAGGAAAAAAUGGUUACUAAUCUCCAAUCCAUUGUAAUUGCUUCAAUCUGUUUAGUUUCUGUUUUUGUUGCUGGAGAGAAUAACGAGGUUACUGUACCUGCGGUCAGAGUGGUUCGACUUCAAGUCGACUACAGAAAUGCAUCAGUUUCAGACUUGCAAAAGAUUCAUAAGUGGAAUGCAAUCAUGAGAAACAGUGUUCUCGCUUCUUUAAAGUUCAUCAACAAGCACUGGCUCAUUUGUGGAGGAUCUCCAUCAGAUAGUUCUUCCUCGUCGAAUGCCGAUUGCGGAAAAGCUCAAGUGACCGGAGAGAUUGUUGGAGAUAGACAUUACAGAAUCAAUGUUACACUGAUUGCUGAGAGAGAUCCUGUGAAAAAUGCUAAAGUUGGUGCCACUUCAACCGUCUACGCAGUCGCCCACAUCGGACUUAAAGGAGGAAUUUUUCAAUAUACAAAUGCUUUGAAGACUCUCGGAAAACCCGAACCAAAACUUGCAUUCGAUGAAGCAUUCUUCUGUUACCGCGGAGCCACUCUUGUGGAUACGGACAAAUGUCGUAAGGAUAGACGUCUUCGUGAUUCUCCACUUCUUGAUUCCGUCAACACACCAAUCCCGUUGGCGAACUUACUUGCACUCUAA